ACACCGCACACCAUACACGUCACAAUGACUCCAGAGCCCAUAGCCAUCAUCGGUAGCGCAUGCCGCUUCCCAGGUGAUCUAUCCACACCCUCUGACCUCUGGAACUUCCUCAAGAGCCCACGAGACUUGCAGAAAGAAAUACCCAAAGACCGCUUCAAUGCCGACGCCUUCCACCAUCCGGAUGGCAGUCACCAUGGGCGCACCAACGCACGGCAUGGUUAUUUUUUAAAUAACAUCAAGACGUUCGAUGCACAAUUCUUCAACGUCCAGGCCGGUGAAGCCGAAAGUAUGGACCCGCAGCAAAGGCAGUUGCUCGAAACCACGUACGACGCGCUUUCUGCGGCCGGUCAAACGUUAGGCGGGUUGAAGGGUUCAGAUACCGCAGUUUACGUUGGUAUUAUGACUCAUGAUUUCGAGCUUACAAAGGUCGUGGACCUUGAUGCCAUUCCAACGUAUUUGGCCACAGGCGCUGCAACAAGCAUUGCUAGCAAUCGUUUAAGUUAUUUCUUUGACUGGCAUGGACCUAGUAUGACCAUCGAUACGGCUUGCAGCUCUUCCCUAGUCGCAGUUCACCACGCUGUGCAGCAGCUGCGGUCCGGUACCAGCAGGGUUGCUGUUGCGGCGGGUGCGAAUCUGAUAUUGUCGCCAUUAAACUUCAUCACGGAAAGCAAACUGUCUAUGCUUUCACCCACCGGACGGUCACGCAUGUGGGAUGCCGGAGCUGAUGGAUACGCACGAGGUGAGGGAAUUGCGUGUGUCGUCCUUAAAACCCUUUCCCAGGCUUUGGCAGACGGCGACACAAUCGAGGCCCUGAUCCGUGAGACGGGUGUCGGCCAGGACGGUCGUACCACCGGAAUAACCAUGCCGAGUAACGUGGCGCAGGCAUCGCUUAUUAGGGCAACCUAUGCGCGGGCUGGUCUGGAUUUGAACAAGCCCGAAGGUCGGCCGCAGUUCUUUGAAGCUCAUGGAACCGGAACGCCAGCAGGUGACCCGCAAGAAGCAGAGGCGAUUUCCAAGGCGUUUUUCUCCAAUAGGGAGGAUAUGCAGGAUUUGUACGUCGGUUCCAUUAAAACGGUAAUCGGACAUACAGAGGGCACGGCCGGUAUUGCCGGACUGCUAAAAUGCAGCCUUGCGGUGCAAAACGGUAUUGUGCCGCCCAAUAUGCUUUUGGAAACCCUUAAUCCUCGGGUUAAACCUUUUACAAAGCAUCUAAGGGUGCCAAAGGAGGCGAUAACGUGGCCGGCUGUCGAGGAGGGGCAGCCGAGGAGAGCGAGUGUUAACUCUUUUGGUUUUGGCGGGACAAACGCGCAUGCCAUCGUGGAAGAAUAUAUACCGCCCAACACAUUUACACCCACCACCACCAACAACACCACCUCGGUUAACGCCUUGCCGUUAGUAUUCUCUGCUCGCACCAAACGGUCGCUAAAGGCCAACAUGGAGAGCAUCCUGGCUCUCGCCAAAAAAAGCCCUACACUCAACGUUACAGACCUAGCUUACACUCUGCUUCAAAAACGCUCCGUGCUACCACUUCGCCAUGCCGUUGCCGCAGCAGACCUCACCACCCUCAUUCGUACCCUUGAGGCAGCCGCAAAGGAAGACAUCGGGGUGGACCAGCCGCCAAGCAACACCACCCCACGCAUCCUCGGUAUCUUCACUGGUCAGGGCGCUCAAUGGCCCGCCAUGAUGAAAAAACUGGUCGUGCGCAUACCGUUCGCGGCCCGCAUUAUCGCCGAGCUGGACGUCAGCUUGCAAACGCUGCCCGAACAAUACCGCCCCAGCUGGACAUUAAUGGAGCAGUUAAUGCGUGAAGGCGACGAGUCAAAUGUACGGCUCGCGGCGUACUCCCAACCGCUCUGCGCCGCCGUCCAAAUCGUCUUGGUACAACUGCUUGCGGCAGCCGGCAUCAACUUUAACGCUAUUAUCGGUCAUAGUUCGGGUGAAAUAGGCUGUGCCUUUGCUGCAGGUUAUAUCUCUGCCACUCAGGCCAUCCGCAUUGCUUAUAUACGUGGGUUUAUCAGCGUCCACGCUGCAAGCCCGUCUGGCCAAACGGGCGCCAUGUUGGCGGCCGGUAUGUCUUUGGAUGAUGCAAAAGACCUGGUCGAAUUGGAAGAUUUCCAGGGCGAGGUAUGCAUCGCCGCAUGCAAUUCACCAGACAGCGUGACUUUGUCGGGUGAUACGGACGCUUUGGAAAUGGUUGUUGAAAUCUUGCAAGAUGAGGGCAAAUUCGCCAGGUUAUUGCGAGUGGACAAGGCCUACCACUCCCACCAUAUGCUCCCCUGUUCGGGGCCGUAUAUCGCUGCUUUGGAGGAAUGCGGCUGCGCGAAGCCGGACGGUCAGGGCAACGGGGUCAAGUGGUACUCCUCUGUACAUGAAGGGAAGAUUAUGGCGGCGGAGGAUGUUACAGCGCGAUAUUGGUCCGACAAUCUGGUGUCGCCGGUGCUUUUCCGCCACGCGUUGGAGCAAGCCGGGCUUGAAAACACGUCCUUUAGCGCGGCCAUUGAGGUCGGUCCGCACCCGACGCUUAAAGCACCUGCGACCAACACCCUCACCGCGGUCGGGGUGGAGGAUAUCCCCUACACCGGAUGCUUGCAGCGAGGCGGGGACGACGUUCUCGCGCUGGGCGAAUGCCUCAGCUACCUGUGGGAACGGUUCGGCGCGCAGGGUACCGUCGACGCUGAAAAGUUCGUCAAAGAGGUGCAUGGCGCCAAACCCGUGGACCUUUCCAAACGUCUCCCGAUUUACAGCUGGGAUCAUUCGAGAAUAUAUUGGGCCGAAUCUCGAGCCACGCAGGCGGCUUUGCAUGCAUCUCGGCCACACCUGAUUUUGGGGACGUUAUUGCCUAAUAGCACGGCCACCAAGUUGCAAUGGCGCAACUUUAUCCGACCCCGGGACCACGAAUGGAUGCAGGGGCACGAAUUGCAAAAUCAAGCCGUCUUCCCUGCUGCGGGUUAUGUGAUUUUGGCCAUGGAGGGUGCGUUGCAUAUCGCUGGCGACAAAUCCGUUGGGCUAAUUGAGAUGUUGGAUUUGACCAUCGAGAAAGCCGUUACAUUUGAUGACGCGGACGAUAUGGCCGAGUUAACCUUGAUUGCCAACAUCACGUUGACGACUGCGGAACAAAUCGAAAUAGAUUUCAAUAUCGCAUCUUGCCUAUCCCGCGAAACGAGUCUAUCCCUCUCCGCCCAGGGCAAAAUCGUUGUCACCCUUUCGGAUCCGGUUUCCCACCCCGCCCCGGGUCCGCCGCCGCCGCAUGCUAAUCCAGUCGAUGUUAAACUCUUUUACAAAGAGCUGGAUUCCGUCGGCUACAGCUACAGCGGCAACUACCGUUGUAUAUACAGCAUGGCGCGCAAUACGGCUCGGGCUGCAGGCCAUAUGGCCCACCCUCGCCUGACUGAUGGCGCACAUCCCAUAGUUUUGCAUCCCGCCAAUUUGGAUCUGGCGUUCCAAACCGUUAUGGCUGCUUAUUCGUCGCCCGGUGAUAAACGCCUGCGCUCGAUUUACGUUCCCGUAAAAGUUGGUAGAAUCGCUCUGGUGCCCAAGGUUUGUGCGGAUACUUUGGACGGGCUCGAGGGCGUGCGGUAUAACGCUUUCAACACCUAUGAUGGAGGCGAUUAUUUGUCUGGUGAUAUCGAGGUUUUCGACAAAAAUACCGGUGCCGUCCUGUAUACGGUCGAAAAUAUGCACCUUAAACCGUUGGCGCAGCCUUCUAACGCCGAAGAGCACCGGCCGUUUACCAAAACGGUUUGGGGCCCGUUGGAUGCGGAUAAAAUCCUCGACAUUGAAAGGCUUUGGGCCACCGACCAGGAUAAACACGUUAUCCCGAUUAUCGAGCGUUGCGUGUAUUAUUUUGUUCGCCAAUUUUUAAGCGAAUGCACAGAGGAAGACCGCAAAAACGCCAGUUUGGGUAACCAGCGGUAUAUCGCCUGGCACGAACACGUGCUCAAGAUCGCGCGCCAAGGCAAGCAUUUGUUCUAUAAGCCAGAGUGGGAGGAAGACACCGAAGAAAUUAUUGACAAGCUGCUGGAAGAGAACUGGUACCACCCACACUUGCGAUUGGCCAAACUGGUCAGCGAAAAUAGCUUGUCGACGAUCCGUGAAAACAAGAACCCUUUUAUCUGGAUGGACGAAAACGGGCUGUUGACCGAAUUUUACACAAGCUAUUUGACCAGUGGUCCGACUUGGGAAUAUGGUCAGCAUUUGAUAGAGCAAAUUGCGCACCGUUUCCAGAAUAUGGACAUUCUCGAAAUUGGCGGUGGAACUGGAUCUGCUACCAAGUCCAUCUUGGCUAUCCCGGAACUCGGUUUCAACAGUUACACUUUUACCGAUAUUUCGGCUGCCUUUUUCGAAAAAGCCAAAGAGAAAUUUGCUCCUUUUCUCGACCGUAUGAACUUCCGCAAAUUGGAUAUUACAAAACCGCCGGCCGAACAGGGCUUUAAAACGCACGCGUACGAUUUAAUCAUCGCCUCAUCCGUUUUGCAUGCCACACCCAGUUUGGCCGAAACCAUGGCCAACGCGCGUACAUUACUUAAGCCCGGCGGACACGUGGUCAUCUGCGAGGCAACCAAUAAGGACCAUAUGCGCGUUGGAUACCUGUUCGGGUCUUUUGCAGACUGGUGGGCUGGCUACGAUGAAGGCCGGACGUUGGACCCAUUUGCUACCCGGGAAGAAUGGGAUGCCAUUUUUAAAAAGACGGGUUUUAGCGGUAUCGACAGCAUUACCACCGACCGCGAAGCCCACCUUUUCCCCAAUACCCUCCUUAGUACGCAUGCCAUUACGCCCGAGCAGCUGCGUUUCGAUGCGCCGCUUUUGGCGCCCGUCAAGCCGGAGCAACCACAACUAGUCGUGGUUGGUGGUGGAGAAAAUUCGGCCCCGAUCCUCGCUCAGAUCCGCGAGCUGCUGCCGCACCGCACACCCGUCGUCGUUCCCAGCCUCGUCGACCUGCCUGAAUUGCAAUCCAAGGCGACCUACGUAGUCCUGUCCGAGGUCGACUCCCCCGUCUUUGAGGGCUUGAGCGACGCCGAGUUUGCCGGUCUUAAAAAGCUCUUCUUCAGCUCUUCAGCCGCGGUCCUGUGGCUGACCGAGGACGCGUGGGUGUCGAACCCCGUCCAGGCCAUGAGCAUCGGCACGCUUCGGACGGUGCGUCUCGAGAACCCAAAUGUGCCUUUCCAGUCGCUCGAUGUGGACAAGUUGGCCGAGCUGGAUUGCAAGUUCCUCGUCGAGCAGGUUCUCCGGCUUGAAGAGGGCCUUCCUGACAACUCGACGUGGACGCUGGAGCCCGAGAUUUGCGUCGUCAAUGGUCGGCCGUACAUCCCGCGUAUUAAGCAGGACAUGGAGAGAAAUAAUCGUAUGAACUCGACGCGCCGGCCAAUCUUCAAGGAAGUCGACGUUGCCGCCGUCCCUGUCGUGCUGCGGGACAGGGAGCUGGUUACGGCCACGACGUCCUCCCCGCUUGGAGUGCCCCUGGACACAUCCAAGGUGACGGUGCAGGUUCACCACUCCACUGCCAAGGCAGUUCGGGUGUGUGGCCUGGGGUACCUCCACGUCGUCACUGGUACGACGGCCGAGGGUGCCGUGCUCGCUCUGUCGGAAUCCAACGCGUCCGUCGUCACCGUGCCCGUCACGCAGACGUUCCCCGUCAAGGACACGUCCGCCGCGACCUUGUCGUCGGCAGUGGCGGCGCUCGUUGCACAGAGCAUCGUCGAAACGCCGCAGGGCUCGUCCAUGUUGGUCUACUCAGCGCCGGGAUUCUGCGUUGACGCCAUCAAGCAGGUCGCCGAGGCCAGGGGCGUAUGCGUGCACUUCGCCGGCACCGAUUCCUCCGUCUCUGGGAGCAUCGUCCUCCACCCGCAGGACACGACCCGCGCGCUGAAGCAGAAGCUCCCGGCUAGUAUCGCCUCGCUGUACGACCUGUCUGCCGAUGCGUCCGCCAACGCCCUCGGGCAGCGCCUCGUCAAGAUCACCGGGUGCGCAGCCCGGAACGCUGACUAUGUCGCCCGUGACAGUGCCAGCACCGUCGUCUUCACCGAAUCUCUGGAGGCGGCUCAGCUGCAGCUUGUUGCGGAAUGCAUCAGCAGGGCGCCCCCCGUCGUCUCGUGCACCACAACCGGCCCCGCCGACGUCGUGAACAGGGCCCUCGACACGGUCAUAGACUGGCAGGCCACGCCCAAGCUUCCGGCACGGGUCAGCCCUGUGGAUAGCGGCAAGCUGUUUGUUGACAACAAGACUUACCUGCUGGUUGGUCUCUCGCAGUCCAUGGGUCGCAGCAUCGCGAGCUGGAUCAUUAGACACGGCGGGCGUCACGUCGUUUUGUCCAGCCGAAACCCCGAAGCCCCUGAGGCUGAAUGGUUGAGCGACAUGACACGGUUGGGCGGACAGAUUUCCGUUCUUGCUAUGGAUGCAUCAAGCGCCGAGUCUGUGGAUGCAGGUUUGGCCAAGUUGAGAAACGACUUUGGACUGCCGCCUGUCGGUGGUAUCGCAUAUGGGCCACUGGUGCUCAAAGAUGCUCUGCUCAACAACAUGGACUUGGACACCAUGGAAAUUGUACUCAAAUCAAAGGUUCCCGGUGCCAAGAUCUUCCAUGACCGAUUCAACGACCCAAAAACAAACCCACUGGACUUCUUUGUCAUGUUUUCCAGUGCUGCUUUGUUUGGUGGAAACCCAGGGCAGGCCAAUUAUACUGCAGCAAACGCGUAUUUGCAGUCGCUUGGACAAUUUAGGCGAAGCAAGGGUCUUGCUGCCUCUACAAUCCAUAUCGGUGCCGUCAUGGGUAUUGGUUAUUUGACUCGCAACGCACGAGAGGCAGAGUUUCAAGAAAAGUCCGACGUUGAUACCCUCGGUGAAGCCGAGUUCCUGAGCCUGUUCGCAGAGGCCGUGGUUUCCGGCCGUAAAGUCGAUGGCGUCGACGGCAUUUCCGCUAAAUCAGUUGUCGAUAUGUCCGAAAUCGAGAUUGGUAGCGGCAUUCCUGCCUUUGAAUCCCGUCACAAGGAGACCAUCAAGUUCUACCACGACCCACGGUUCGGUAACCUUAAGACGCCAGAACAGAGAGGCGAUAAUGUGGAUUCUGGUGGCAACAGGCUGAGCGUGAAAGAAAUGCUCGCUGCCGCGACGGACAUGGAGGAGGUUCAGGCUAUUAUCAGCGAAACCCUGUCUGAGAAAAUGCGCGGCGUGCUUCACAUCCCGGCCGAGGAGAGCGUCAACGCAUCUGCGCCAUUGCUUGAUCAGGGCAUAGAUUCGCUGGGUGCAAUCACCGUAGCUUCUUGGUUCUCCAAGCAACUGCUGGUCGAAAUACCAAUCCUGCGUGUCUUGUCAGGUGCUUCCAUCGAAGAGCUGGCAGCCGAGGGCGCGUCCCGCCUGUCGCCCGCCGCCAUCCCUCUCGUUGCAAAUGCCCAGGGUCCCGCGACGCCGUCCGAAGACACCUCAUUAGAGGAUGAGCGGUCGGGAGUUGUGACCCCGUUGACUCCCAUGGUUCAGUUGGACAAGGCCGAGAAGAUUCUCGACGGAGUGACGCGCCGGGCGCCCAUGUCGCUUAUGCAGGAAUACAGCUACAAGCGGCAGCUCGCCCUGGCCGAUGUUACGAUUUCUCACAACACCAUCGGCGUCGUCAUGGAAGGCACCCUGGAUACGGCCAAACUUUCCGAGGCCGUAGCCACUGCCAUCCAGAGGCAUGAGAUUUUCCGCACGGCGUUUAGAACCGUCGAUGGCGAUGUGAACCCCCUGCUGCACGUCCUCGCCACACCUAGUUGGGGCCUACGUACCGAGAUUGUGGCAUCUCGCUCCGAGGCAGAAGCCGCAUUUGCCGCUUUGCAAAACGAACCAUAUGAUUUGACGGCCGGUGAGACUUUUAAGAUCGUUUUAUUCACCUGGUCGCCGACAUCACGUUUGUUGGUUUUCGCCUACCACCGUCUGGCAGGCGAUGGUUCCACAACCGAGAACUUGGUCGCGGAGUUGGCUCAGCUUUAUUCGGGUGCUGCGCUGCCUCCCGCGCCGCAAUACACCGAUUUUGCGAUGAAACAACGAAAAUUGCUUAUUUCAGGCGGUAUGAAUGCCGACGUCGCUUACUGGAUCGGAUUGUAUACCCCGGUCCCUGCGCCGCUGGCGCUGCUUCCAUUGCCCGGUGUCAAGGAUGUCCGUUCCCCGGUCGCCUGGGACCAAUACACGGCCAUGACCCGACUGUCGCCCGUUAUGGCAUACCGAAUCAAGGAGCGCACCAAGAAGCUGCGCACUACACCCAUGAACUUUUACCUGGCCGCCUACACCACCCUGCUCUCCGAGCUCAGCGGCCAGGACGCCGUGUCGAUCGGCCUGGCCGAUACCAACCGUUCGUCGGUGGCGGACCUGUCGACCAUGGGCUACUUUGCCAACCUGCUCCCGCUGCGCCUGGCCCCAUCCGCCGCGUUCAGCGGCACCGUCGACGCCACCAAGGAGUCCGUCCGGCUGGCCAUGGCGCACUCGAUCGUCCCGCACGACUUGCUGACCUCCAAGCUCGUGCUGGCCGUGCCGCCCGCCGAGAUGACCUGCGCACCCCUAUUCCAGGCCGUGUUUGAUUACCGCCAGGGCGCGACCGAGUCUGGCGUCAUCGGCGGUGCUAGCAUCACCGAGGUUAUCGCCAGUCGGGAGAGGACGCCGUAUGACGUCGUUUUGGAGAUGAGUGACGACCCGACCAAGGAGCCGCUGAUUACUGUCAAGUUGCAAAAGUCCAUUUACCAGGAGGGAGAUGCCGAGGUGUUUAUGGAGCGGUACGUUGAGGCUCUGAAGGCGUUCAGUAACGGGGACGUCUGCUAG